CGGCGCAGCGCUCUUGCCCCUGUCCUCCUCCUGUUUGCUAGUUCCUUCAUGCUAACCCGGACACCUGUGUAGUUUUCGGACUUAAACAGAGCAUAAUGUGUUGAUUCGGAAAAGUCUGUAGUUAGCGGUAGGUAACUGACUUGUGUUACUUGUGACUUUGUUUACUGUCACUGCGAAUUUUAAACGUAAAUUUACUGAGAGCUCAAGCUGCCCCCGAUGCUAAGUUAACUAGCAUAACAUGCACAGAAAGUUAGUAAGUAAUAUUAGCCGAGCUGUAAGUUAUUUGAGGCUACGUUAACCAGUAUUUGUGUAGUGUUAAGUGGUUAUAAUAUUUUCAUUCGUGUUGUACCUGCGGAUCUGGACUGUCUCAGUAACCUCGAGGGCACUGAGAGGCCACCAAUGACAUGACCCAAGGAUUAAACACAAUUUCAUCUGUCAUUUCUUAUGGAGGCAACGUCUUGCCUUCCUUUUAUCCACCUGCUGUUGUAUGUGUUAUGAUCUCCGUGCUACUGCAGUGGUAAAAAUCCGCCCUCCAAACCUAAACCCAGUAUGGCAGUCUGUGUGAGGGCUGUGUGUUGUGGUGGUGUGGAGGUGACACUACACAGGCUGCUGCUGGCUGGAUGUAUGAACUGCUCUGGGAUGUAUCAGCCAUUUGGUGGGAACGUUUAUCCAAAGCGCCUUUUCAGUUGUCUUAGUCCCUUUGUCUCCACGAUGGGUGGGACUCGAACCCUCCUCCUCUGUAGUGCUCGUAGAGUGCGCUACCCACUGAAGUACACUGUUCCACCUGGAAAUAGAAACGUGGGAUUGUACAGCAGGAGCCACAGUGAUGCUGAUUCAAAUGCUCUCUGCAGUCAAACACUGCCUGUGUCCAGAUGUCAACCCAGAACAUCUCAUGCUACAGCGGUGAGGAAGGAGAACCUGCUGCAAGGAGGUGCAACAUGGCCCGUGUCCUUCAUCCGCAACAAAGUGACAGACGCCCCUGUUUCCAGUGUGCCUUCGAGUUUUGUGGUGAUGAAGUUUGACCAAGAGGGGAAUGUGACAUCAUUUGAGAAGAAGAAAACAGAGCUUUGCCAGGAGUUAAGUCUUCAGGCCAGAGACCUUCGCUUUCAGCACAGUACCAGCCUAACUACUAGAAAUAACUGCAUUAUCAUACGAAUGGAGUAUUUGAAAGCCAUCGUGACCCCUCAGUCCCUGUUGGUGUUGGAUUUCCGUGGCUUUGGAUUGGAACGUUGGUUGGUACUGGACCUGGCCCCUCAGCUAGCAUCACAGACGCACACCCUGCCCUUCGAGUUCAGAGCACUGGAGGCCAUACUGCAACACAAAGUAAACACUCUACAAGCUCAGCUGAAUGAUGUCGAGCCAGUAAUAUUGGACACAUUGGAAUCCCUAGUGGAUCCUAAAAUCCUUUCUGCUGAUAGAAGUAAACUACAUGUACUGCUGCAGAACAGCAAGAGCUUAUCAGAGUUGGAGACGGACAUAAAGGUUUUUAAGGAAUCCUUGCUGAAAAUUUUGGAUGAGGACGAGCUCAUGGAAGAACUCUGUCUGACGAAGUGGACGGACCCAAGAGUUUUUGAGGAGAGCAGUUUGGGUAUUGACCACGCUGAGGAGAUGGAACUGUUACUGGAAAAUUACUAUAUGCAGGCUGAGGAGCUGGGGAACAAGACCAGGGAGCUGAAAGGGCUGAUAGACGACUCUGAAAGUGUCAUUUUCAUUAAUCUGGACAGCCAUCGUAACGUGAUGAUGCGCCUGAAUCUGCAGCUGACGAUGGGUUCCUUCUCCCUUUCCUUGUUUGGUCUGAUAGGGGUGGCCUUUGGAAUGAAUUUGACGUCGUGUUUCGAAGAGGACCCUCGUGUUUUCUGGCUGGUAACAGGCUUCAUGUUCUUGGGCAGCGGGCUGAUAUGGAGACGACUGCUGUCAUUCUUGGGACGACAUCUAGAGCCUUCAGUACCCCCGCUAAUCCCUCCAGUUUGGAAGAGAAGCAUCAAAGCAUCAGACAUCAAGGCGGGAGUCAGAUGAAACUAUACAUCUGCUCUGUAAAAAGCCACAGACCUACAGACUCUCUCUUCAGCUUUAAAAACGAUUGAUUUACCACACUGGACAUCCUGAAUUCUGUAUUUAGGUGGGAAAAACACCUCAUUGUUUUACUCCCCCAUGCUUACAGUAGAGGCUGAGACUGCAUCCAAAUGUCUGGAGACAACAAUGUGUUAUGUGUUCUUCUGUGUCCCCGUCAUUUCUUCUACUGUGUUGGUGGAUAAAACAUGUGGGCACAGAGUACUGCUCUGUCAUCACUGAUUUUCAAGCAGUGGAUGGAUAUAUGGGCGAGUGAAACAGAUAUCCCUAAUAAUAUGAUAAACACCUUACAUGCAGUUAUGUUCCCUCAUUUCAUAGGUUAAAAAAGUGUGUUUAAAGGAUUACAUCAUAUUAAUUUGAUUUAAAUAAAUGUGAACCAAAUUAAGUCUAUUGUUAAGGUUUAUGACACGUUAUUUCCUCUAUCACCAGU